AUCCCCCAUCUCGCCCUACUUGUCUUUGAAGCGGUCCUCGAGGUUGUCUGUGUCUCACUACCAGGGUACAUCAUCGCACGCAUGGGCAUGUUCGAUGCCGAAGCCCAGAAGUUUGUCGCCAACUUGAACGUCAUGCUAUUUACGCCUUGUCUGAUCUUCACCAAGCUUGCUUCCCAGCUGACGGCAGGUAAGCUGGUGGAUCUAGCUGUUAUCCCGGUGCUUUUCAUCAUCCAGACACUGGUCUCCUAUACUUCGGCGUUGAUAGUGUCAAGAUGUUUUGGUUUCAGGAAGAGACAGUCCAACUUCGUCAAGGCCAUGGGAGUAAGUCAUGAAGUCGCUGGGGGCCGGGAGACAUUGCGGUGGCUGAAAGAAAAAGAGAGUGCUAAUAACACAGCGUAGGUCUUUGGCAAUUCGAAUUCCCUGCCGAUAUCACUGGUGAUUUCACUUUCAAAGACACUCUCUGGCCUGCACUGGGACAAGAUCCCCAACGACAACGACAACGAAGUCGCCGCCAGAGGAAUCCUUUACCUGCUCAUUUUCCAGCAGCUCGGCCAGGUGGUCCGCUGGAGCUGGGGAUACCAUGUUCUUCUGGCUCCUCGGGAAGCCUACUUGCGCGACGAGGAAGAAGCCCCUAUCAAUGCUGCAGAUAGAUACCGCGAUGACCCCGAAGAAGACGAUGAUAAUGAUAGUAACGAUGGUAGAUAUCUCGACGAACCAGAGGAUCUAGUUCGCACUGCAGUUAACAGCGGAAACACUACUCCUCGAUCGACACACUCGGAAGACUCCUUGCACUUUGAAUCCGGCUCGCAGACGCCGGUUCUCGAACGACAUCGCCCGUAUGCCAAAAUUAACAGUGCUGACGGUAGCCAUCACAACGACGAGACAGACCUGCCUGCUCUAGUCCUGCCAACAGGCCAAUUUCUCGUCCGACCAGACCAGGCCGACAGCAGUAGUAAACAGUCAUUCCUCUGCCGCAUCCUCCGCCCCAUUACCACCAGCAUACGCUCCACUUCCCAACGUUUCUUCGCCUCCUUACCUGUUCCGCUCCAGAAGAGUCUCAGCUGGGUCUCUUCCCGGCUUACCUCGUUCUUCUCUGGCCUCUGGUCUUUCAUGAACCCUCCUCUCUGGGCGAUGCUUAUUGCCGUCCUCGUAGCCUCUAUCCCGUCCGUCCAGCGUGUCUUCUUCACCCCAGGCAACUUCCUGAGCAACUCCGUCACCCGCGCUGUGAAGCAGUCCGGCGGCGUUGCAGUUCCUCUGAUCCUAGUCGUUCUCGGUGCCAACCUGGAACGAAGCACCCUGCCCAAGGAUGUCUUAUCCGACGACGACGAUCCAGCUGAAGAGCGUAAACUCAUCGUUGCUUCGCUAGUAGCUCGUAUGGUUCUUCCAACAGUCAUCAUGGGUCCAAUUCUUGCCCUGGUCGCCAAGUUUGUGCCUGUCAGUAUCCUGGAAGAUCCCAUCUUCAUCGUCGUGUGUUUCCUGCUGGUGGGUGCACCUUCGGCCCUGCAGCUGGCUCAGAUCUGCCAGAUCAAUAACGUCUAUAUGGGCGCGAUGUCGAGGAUCCUCUUCCAUUCCUAUGUCAUAUGGAUCCUCCCGUCAACCCUUAUACUAGUAAUGUCCGCUCUGCAGGUCGUCCAGUGGGCCGCCAGCUAGUUUCUUCUGCUCUUUCAUCUUUCACUGGUAUUAUUUGGUCUUUUCAUGUUCGCUCGGG